UUUUCUUUCUUUUUUUUUUAAGAAAAAAAAAACUUUCUUUAAUUAUUAUUACGAACGUAUUAUUUAUAUAAGAUUUUUUCUUUGUUUUUUUUAGAAUUCAUUUCUUUGUCCCAUUCAUAAUUCAUAUUUUUCAUAUCGUAUUAAUAUUCCCGCAAUUAACUACGGUUUCUCUAUAAAAAAAUGUCACCUAAUUCACAUUUUAACUUUACCCCAUCAUUACCGUUAUUACCAUUAUAUUAUAUAAUGAUUAUAUUUUGUGCAAUAGAAAGCUUGUCCGCUUUCUCAUUAUUAUUAUAUAAACGUUUUCAUGAUAAUUCUCUUUUAUGGAGUGAUCGAAUUUUUGAACCUAUAACUGGUUUCCUUCUUUGGGUUGUUCUACAUUCUUCAUUUAGAAUUUGUUAUUUAAUAUUUGUUGCCUUUAAUUUAAUGCCAAAUGCUUUUAUAUUGAGAAGUAUUAUAAACUUUUCGGGCUGGGCUUUUGUUCAAUUCGCCAUCGCAACAUAUAUUGCAGGAAUAUUUAAAGCAAUACCAAAACUAACCUUUCAUCGACAAACGGCUUGUAAACAGGCAAAAUUCAUUCCAGCAUAUCAAUCAGUUUUAUUUAUUUAUUGGAUAUUUAUUAUAACUGUUGGAUCGUUAAUUUUUGUUCUUUCAUGUUUAAGAGGUUAUUUUCAAUCAAUAAAUGAACGGAAUAGUUUUGUAAUAUCUCAAGGAAUUUUAUUAAUUAUAUUAAGUAUUUCAAACAUAGUUUUUAACUUAUGUUUGUUUAAGUAUGGAAGAUUGUUGGUUGCUUUAACUCAAGAGAGUGUUAAAUUGACGAAUGGAAGAAAUGAACCUUAUAAUGCUUAUCUUAAAAAGUUAAAGACAAUAAACUUUGCUCUGAUGGUGAUCGUAAGCUGGUCUUCUAUUUCUUUUUUAUCAUGGGCUAUUUGCUCUAUUAAAGUCAAAGCAAAUUUUGAUUUACCAACUAUAUUGAGUUUUAUAACAAAUAAUUGUUAUGUAAUUAUGAUAAUGGCUGCUAUUAUUGGUAUUAUUCGUGGUCAAUUAUAUCCAAAAGAUAUAAAUGAUGCUGAUAUGAGUUUAAGUACCAUUUCAAAUGUAAGAUGGUCUCAAAGUUCCAUCGUACAAACUAAUUCAACGAUUGAAACAUAAAAAAAAAAUUUACACAGUAUAUAUAUAUGUAGGUAAUAUACUAAAAAUUAGGAGUAUUCUUAAUGAAAGGACUUUUUUUUGUAAAUAAAUUCAAUUAUCAUCCUUUUAAGAAAAAA